ACAGCGAAUUCUUGCCCGGACCGAAUCAUGCGAGCGCCCUCUUGUGCACGAUCCCGCCGGUAGUCGACCCGACGCGCAAGAUGAACAACGACGCCUUUCGCAAACUGGUGUCCAGCACACCCGCUCGACAGGAUGAUGCGACCAAGCCCUCGAAGCCAGCCGCGCUGGGCGCGAAGAGGAACGCAUUUGUACCCAUGACUCCAAGCCCUGGGAAGGCAGCAAGCAACGAUGAUUUCGCUCGCCAAGUUCGCGAACAGCACGCGCAAAUGAGACCUCCCAAAAAGUACAAAUCCUCUGCUCCCAAGGGAAGCAAAUUUGGCGCGGGAUACGUGGACAGAGCAAAGGCGAGACAGGAAGCUUCAGAUGAUCAAGACGACAAGGCAGAGCGUAUCAAGGCUCUGGAGGAGCAGGCGAAGCUAGGCACAAUCUCAUGGGGGACAUUCGAGGCGCUGAGAGAUCAGAUCACAGGAGGUGAUGUCUCGAGUACGCAUCUGGUCAAAGGUCUUGACAGGCAGUUGCUGGAGCGCGUGAGACGUGGCGAGGACGUGCUGGGACUCGGAAAGAAAUCUGGCGCGGACGAUGCGCCGGUCGAUGUGGACGAUGAACUGGAGAAACUAGGAGAGAAGGAAAUCGCAUUGGUGAAGAAGGAGCAGGCAGAGAAAAAAGGAGUGAAGGCCGUCGAACCCAUAGCAGGGAAGAAGCGAACACGAGACGAGUUGCUUGCAGAGCUCAAGGCCCAACGCAAGGCGGCGGCCGAAGCCAAAGCGGCCAGCGCUCCCAAGCUGGAUGGUCGAUGGAAGAAGAUUGGCGAGCAAUCCAAACCAAAGGUGGAGAUCGACCACAAGGGCCGUGAAGUCGUCACAGUUGUUCAGGAAGACGGGACUGUGAAGAAAAUGGUUAAGAAGGUUGCGUCGAACGGAACUACAGCGGACAUGCCUGACAUCAGUAAGCAUGUGCUUGGUGCGGACGUUGCUGUUCCAGUGCAAAAACCCGCGGACGCGGACGAGGAGAGCGAUGAGGAUAUUUUCGCAGGAGCAGGAACAGAGUACGACCCGCUUGGACAGGAAGACGAGGACGAGGACGAGGACAGCGAUGACGAAGGCGAUAGCGAAGGCGUUGCAGAGCCCGCGCGUAAAAACGAUGCCCCGAAAGAGUCUGACGACGAAGGUGAAGUCUCAGAAGAGCCUGUGGACGAGCAACAACCGAAGACGCAAUCUGUUGUAUCAACGACCGCGAAGGCUACCAGGAACUAUUUUGGCGACAGCUCCAAGCAAACUGAAGAGGAAGCUGCGAAAGACCGCUUCAAAGGCAUCGAGAAUGUGCUCAAGAAAGCGGCAAAUCUUGCGGCCGAUAAGACUGGCUCUGAUGACGAAGACGAUGAUCCAGCCACUCGUGAAGAGCGCGAAGCACGGAAAGCAAAGCGGGCUCGCAUGCUGGCACAGCAGGAUCGCGAUCUCGAGGAUAUGGACCUCGGCUUUGGAGGCAGUCGUGGCGAAGACGAAGAGGACGCUCUCGAUGCCAAGGUGAAACUGGCAGAGUGGAAGGGUGGUAAGGCAGCUGGCGAUGACGGCUGGGAAGAAGACGAUGGGAAGCGUGGCGACAAGAAGAAGCGCAAGCCGAAGAAGAGGAAGGGUGAUGUCAACAACGCCGCGGACAUCUUCAGGGUGAUUGAAGGCAGAAAGGCGAAGGAGAACAAAUGAGCUAUGCUUACCCACGACAUAAGGAACGAAUCUGACCUUCUCAUAGGCCAAGAAUGUCGACCAUUCUACACUCGACACAAAGUCACGUGCUCCAUCACUUUGUCACUGCAAGACUGCAACGAGCACGUUCGCAGUCUCUGUUGUGGCCAGCCAUUUUGCGACAACGGUCAAGUCCUUCACAAGCGUUUCAGCUCGUUCGAACAAUGUUUCGCGCUUGCAGCAGCACUGUGUGAUCCAUUGGGCGUUAAGCGCCGAGCUGGAUGUCGAAAGCGGAUUGCCGGAGCUCCACAUCAAGCCCACAACCACACUUGCGCGCUUCGCUCUGCGGUUCCUCUAUCCUGACCGUCGUUCAAAGCGAACAUGAAACAGCAUGCUGCAUGAUUGCCAAAAAUGUAGUCUUGUCGUUGCUGUAUUAAGCAACAGCAACGCCGCACACUUGCAGCCCACGCGUCUAACGCUGCAGUGCCGCACAGCGCAGAGGUUUGGUCCUGUAUAUACUUCAGAGAGUACAUCUCACGGUAAGUCGACUCUUCAUUGCGACUCAUCACUGUCUUUCCUUAUCAUU